AUGGACCCGAUCACGCAUCUGGAAGACGCGCUGGAUACCCUGCUCAAGGUGAUGGCGUCGGCCAUUGCCUACCUGUCGCGCAAGGCGGGGCACAAGCAGGUGAAUCCGCGCAUCCCCCUUACCGUGCUUGGCACGACCGAGGCGCUGCCGGACGAGGAGCUCGCGUCGAACCGUGACGAGCUCGUCCACGACCUCGUCGCACAGGCAAAGGAGGUCGAGGCGCGCAUCGGCUCUUUGCCGACACUCGAUGGCGACGAAGAGGCACGCCUCGAUACCCUCCUCCAGCGCCUGUGCACCGAGCGCCAGGGCGCACGGCAGCUGCUCGAGCCUUCUGCAUCACAACAGCUGAUUUCGGACGCGGAGGGCAGUGGCGCCACUUGCUCUGCGCGUAAAUCGAUGGAGAACGCGCCGUGGAUGGUGCCCCCUGGCACCACACAGAAUAUGGAAGCCAUACACACAAGUGCGCUGGAUACCGAUGCGAAGGCAUGGCACGCCGGCGGCGCGCCCCUCUCGCCCAAGUUCUGGGCACAGGUGGAGCUGCCCGACAUGUUCCUGAGCAACCUCUUUCACCAGUCCGACGCGGGCUACCAGGACGACUCGCUGAACGAGUUCUCGGGAUCGGUGUCCACCGCGAGCGAGACGGACGAGGGCGCGGAUGCGUUCCAAGACUUUAUGUUCUCCCAGGUCUCGGAAACCUCAUCGCCGGAGCACGAGAGCCUGCUCGACGGCGUGAGCCACGCACACAGCAGCCCGUCGGACGCCCCGCUCCCGUUCAAGCCCAACUCACCGAUGGCAGAUAUGCUGGGGCAGUGGAUGCCCCGACCAGAGCAGCCACAGAACGCCGCACACGAGUCGAUGCCGGGCGUCGUCUCGAUGGAUCACCUCUUUGCGCCGAUCUUUUCGAUGGGCGCGCCUCCAGGGGGCGCCGCGCCCGCACAGCAGCAGCAACAGCAACAGCAACAGCAGCCGAUGUCGCCGCCGGCCCACGCGCCUGCCCAAGAGGCGCCGCGCUCGGACGAGCCGGUCCUCCCGGGCCUGCUGCAGAUGCCGACGGGCAGCAACGCAAAUGCCCUCACCGCCCUCGCGCGCAUCCGCGAGUUUUCCAAGCACGCAGACGCCGAGCACGCGUCCCGCGCGCCGGCCGCGUUUGGCUCGCACGCGAUGCAACGCCAUGCGCCAUCGAGCUCGGGAAGCAACGCUUCAGGCCAGUCGCCGUCGGACUCGGGCGCGGCAUGGUCAAAAAAGGUGGCGCACAAUGCGAUCGAGCGGCGGUACCGCAGCAAUAUCAACGACCGCAUCGCUGGCCUGCGUGACGUCGUCCCGGCGCUGCGCGAGAUGCGGCCGCGGGGUGGUCCGCGUCGCCGCCGGCGAAACAAGGCAGAGAAGGAGGAGCUGGUCGACGGUGUCGCUGCUGCGACCAAGAUGAGCAAGGCGACGGUCCUGUCCAAGGCGACCGAGUAUAUCUGCUACCUCAAGUCACGGGAGGUGCAGCUCGACCGCGAGGUGAAUGCGCUGCAGAUGCUCGUGCGCUCGCUCGAAGGCGGCGAGGAGCUCCUUGCUGCGUGGAACGCCGAGGUGGAGCGCAUGCAGCGCCUGCACCCCCCCACGGACGCCGCGUACGGCAGCGGGCCGCCCCCUGCACCGUUCCCCGAUAUGGACGAGGCGGACGAAUCGGACAACGACGAAGAGGACGACUCGGCGCCAUCGGUCGACGAGGAGCGGCCGAGCAAGAUGCCGCGGUACAUGCUGGGUGCGUUUGUCGGAUUCUCGUUCCUGGGCGGAGCGGCAGACUGGACCGAAGGCGGUGACGCACCCGCCUUUGCGCCGACGCACACGCGCGUCCUUGGCGCAAGCCACCAGCUGCUGAAGCGCUCGAGCGGCGCGGCGGCGGCCCACCACCUCGACCACGUCCCGAGCCACUCGCUGAUCUUUGAGCUCCUGCGCACUGCUGCGCUCGUCGCUACUGUUGUCUUGCUUGUGUGGUCGUGGGUAGUGCGGCGCCAGCAAAAGGUCAAGGCGCAACGCACAGAGCGUGCGGCACUCUUGCAGGACGCGUGUGCGAUGCCAAUCCUGAUGCAGACGCCGAUGGAGCACGCCCACGAGACGCACUCUGUGCGCCUCGACGAGGCCGAGGCGCAGUACGAUGCGCUGUCCGAUGCGGUUGGCACACCGUCAAGCACGGUCGCCCUCGGCGCUACGCUGCUCAAGCAGGGCAUCGUCGCCACGAUCCUCGCGCACGUCCCGGUGCUCGACCAGCUGGUCGCGCGGUACGUCCGCGCGACCAGCGACCCCACCGCGCUCGCCAUGGAGAAGCACGCGUGCCUGCGCCGGCUCGAGCUGGAGCUGGCGCUGGGCGAUAGGGUGCAGCCCUCGACGUCGCAGCGUCUGUUGACGCUCGCCAAGUACCAGACGCACCUGCUUAUUGCUCCGCACACGCCGCAGGAGAUGAUGGUGCUGGCGCUUGCCUAUGCCUCCUACGCACCGCGGUCUGCGUGGCCGAACUGGUUCGAACUGCAAGGCGCGCAGCUCUGGAACGACCUGCGUGCCGCGCAGGUCGACGCCAAGACAGACCGCGGCAUGAGCGCCGUGCUCAGUGCGCCGCUCGACCUCGUGUGCGACUACGCAGCGUGCGCGCUGCCGACGUCGGCCUCGACUCUCGUCGCCGUGUCCCCCUUGAGCAACGUGCUCGACGCGCUGCGCAGUGAGGAGCUCCUCGCGUUCUGGACGACGCUCCUUGCGAGCAUGAUGCGCCAGAGUGACGAUGCGUCGUCUGCGCUCCAGCCGCGGGUCCUCGACGUGGUCAAGGACAAGGCGAGUCUCUUGGGGCUGCGCAAGCAGCUCACGACCAUUGCGCAGGAGCGCCCGCUGCGCAACGCGCUCGCGGCGCAGCAGCUCUGGGUCGCCUACGCGGUCCUUGCGCUGGUGUCGGGCAACGUGUCCGGCGCCAAACAAACGGCGCGCAUGCUCGCCGAGGCGACGCAGGUGCGCACACGUGCAACACACCUUCUCCUGCAGCUCGUGCUCAACGAGCCGGGCGAGUGCCCGUCUCCCUCGGGCCCCAUCGACGCACUCUCGUCGGUGGUGCUGGGCUGGAUGGUGCUGCAGCGUACGUAUUGUGCGUCGGAGCGCCUUCCCGUCGCCGAGCUCCAGCAGCUCGCGUCGCAGUGCCUCUGGGAUGCAGUCGCCCCGAGCGAGCCCGAGGCGGCGGUGCGCAGUGCGCGGCCGCUCUCUGUCACGGACCAUGUGCGCACCGUGCUCGGCGAAGUGGCGUGCCGCGUCUCGGAGCACACCGCGACGCCGGCCGCCGUGCAGCUCGCGACGCGCCCUUGGCACAGUGCAUGCACCGAGGCACACCGCGUGCACAUCCCGUCGCUGACCAACUCGUUGGACACGCUGAUGGACCACCUCGCCGGCAUCUCGGCGCAGGCCAUGUAA